AUGAUCCGACGUGAAGAGACGUGUGUGGGCGGGCUUGGCAGGGGCUCAUUGGGACCGGAUUUUUUUUUAUUUUUUACUUCUUCAUGGUGGUAUGGCGUCCCAGGUAUGACAAAAGAGAAGCAUCAUCAACGGCACAUAGUGAUCGUAUGUGCCCAAAUAGAAGACCACAUUUUCUUGUUCCCUCCACUCAGCAGCAGUAGCCUCUCGUUCGUUGUGUCUGUCUCUCUGUCGUCUGUCCCCGCCUCAUGUCACCCCCCUCUCGGUUCCCCCCUCCCUGCCCCCUCUGAUCUUUGUAACCCAUCCAUCUUUACGAGCCAAAAUUAUCCGUGGGUGGUUGUAUGUAGUCCCGGCAGAUGGGUGCAGAUGCAGAACAUGACGGAUGUAGCCGGUUAUCGAAAAGGAGGGGAGAGCCCACUUUCGCGAAAUGCAGCAGCAUUGGGUGUGCCGUGGGAGAUGUGCCGUGUCAUCAAGUGUGGAUUCCAUGUGUGUGCGCUGAAUCCAGCAUUGCCAGCAUCAUUUCUCAACAGCAUUUUGGGUAUAAUUGCAUGA